AUGGAUGAAACAACAAUUGUUAUUGCACCAGUGUACCUCUGCUCUCCCAUUAUCACUGCACCCUGCGGAGCUCUCUUCACAGGACACCUCGUGUUAGAUGGCAACAUUGUUGGAGGAUAUCCAUGUCCCCUGAAGUGCACAGUAACAAUAUCAACAGUGAAGAUACUUUGUAUUUUCCUGACCUUUGUCUUCACUGUGUCUUGUGGUCCAUCAGUUUCACAGAAAAAAACAAAAGAAGAUAUAGACAGAAAAAGAGAAUGUUACCUUGUCCGUGGUGCCUGCAAGACUUCAUGCAACAGAUGGGAAUACAUAUAUAAUUACUGCAAUACUGAGCCCUGCUGUGUUGUACGGGACUACCAAAAGCCAGUCACUAAACACAUCACUACUAGUUCAUACAGAGUAAAUCAUAAGUCCACUAUACCACACAAAAUUAAAUUGUAA